CGUGUUUAAAAAUGUUGAAAAUGUUAGUGACUCUAUUAAUUUUGUCACUAUCUUCAACUAUUACAAGCAGCUUAAAUGCUUGUGAAAAUUGUAUUCCCAUAACACAUUGUGUGAGCGCAUCACAAUUAGUAGCUCGUGAUAGGAGUGAAAAAACAGGACAGAUUUUAAGAAAAAAUAUAUGCGGAUUCGAUUCAAGAGUAUCACUACCUAAGAUUUGUUGCAAUAAUAUCAAUCAAUCAAUAGAUAAUCAAGAAACCGGAGAGGGAACAACAAGCAAACUAUCUAAUCAUCACAAUGUUAACCUUUUACCGACGCAGUGCGGUCAUAUAGUAACGCAAAGACUGCUAGGUGGAUACCGCGUGUGGGAUAAUGAGUUUCCUUGGGUCGUUCGUAUCGCGUACAGAAACAGAGACUCGAAUGCAUUCCAAUGCAUGGGAACCCUCAUUAAUUCACGGUACGUAUUGACCACAGCUGAUUGUCUCAUCGGCAGGCGUAUUCUCGGCGUACGAGUCGGUGGUCGUAUUCAAAGCCCAGAAUGUACAAAUAUUUGCGAAAGUGACGUUCAGGAUAUAGGGGUAUCAGAACAGAUCACUCAUCCAGAGUAUACAAGCAGUUCAAGAACAUUAAACAAUAUUGGUCUUUUACGUCUUCGAAACCCAGUGGACUUAUCGAAAGAAAACGCUGGUGUAAUUUGCUUACCAGUUACGGAUGAACACAGACUUAAGAAUGUUACGGGUUCCACUGGUGCAGUAUCGUAUUGGGACGAAAAUGGAAGUGAACUCCAAUUCAGAUAUCAUGCAACAAUUUCUACUACCGAAGAAUGUGAUCUCUAUGUAAAUAAGAAUAGAAACUAUCGAAGAGAUUUGGCAAAGAACAGCAUAUGUACAGUAAUAGUUAAUAACCACCGCUGCGAGUCCGUCCCUGGAGCGCCUCUGAUGCUUAUAGGUUCAGAUCCCGACUCUUAUAGUUACUAUCAAUAUGGUAUUUUGAACACAGCGAAGUCUGAAUGCGGCCCAGAAAUCUAUACAGAUGUUCGAAAAUAUAUGACGUGGAUAUUGGACACGAUCAAGUCUUAGACCAGAGUUCCCCAAACUUUUUGUGUCGUAGACCCCUUGCCAUGUCUUUCCGUGUUGGGUAGACCCCUACUUACCUACCUGAUAUUCAUUUCCUGGAAAUUUCUAACUGUAGUGAAGUUUAGGGUGGGUUGCAUCAUAUCGCCGGUUAUCGUAAAAGUUAUAGUUAUAGUUAAUAGGGUUACAAGUGCAAAAACAUAUUUUCACAGAGGUU